AUGAAUUGUCCUGUUCAUCCAUAAGAAGUUUUAUCUUAUGUAUGUAUAGCUCCACAUAAAUGCUAAAGAAAACUUUGCGCUGUAUGUUAAUUUACACACGAAGUAGAAAAGAAGUAAAUUCUUCCAAAUAAAUUAUUUCUUAUUUCACUUUAAAAGAAAGCAUAAGAAUUUCAAUCUUAUUCAAAUCUCUAAAAUUUUUAAAACUAGUUUAAAGCUUUGUUUAAUUAAACAUAAGCUGAUUUAAAAUAAUUGUGGGAUGAAUUAAGCGAGGCUAUCAAAAAAAUAUAUGACUUGAUUGACAAAGAAGAUUAGUAAUACAAAAAUUUAAUAAACCUUUUCAUUUCGCCUUAAAAUUUAUCCUAUUCAUAACUUGAUGAGAUGGUAAAGAUUUUGCAAAGUAACAAAUUAAAUAACUGGAAUUCAUUCAAAGAAAUUUGUUUUAAUUAAUUAGACUAAAGUAGUUCAUGGUUCAAAACUUAAGUUGAAAAUUUUAUUGCAUUAAUUAAGAAAUAAUUUUAAGGAAUUUUAUGGGAAGUUAAAAUAAUAGAAUAUGAAGGAUUGUAAAAAUAAGGGGUUUUAUUGAAGAAAACUAAAUUUCAGAUCGNUCUGAUCUCUAGAAAUAAUCUAUCUCUAGCUAUAAAAGAAUUGAUUAUUCUUUCGAAUAACCUUCUUCAAACUAUUCUUAUUUUUCAUUUUCAAAGAUUAACUCUUCAACAAUUGGCGGUGCAAUGUCUUAGUCUUCAUGUAAAUAUAAAUACAUUAUAAUAGUAAUAUAAAAAUUAUUCAAUAUAUUUUUUAUUACUUAUAAAUUUAUUACUACAAGAAAGGAAAAAUAUACUUCUCAAGAACAAGUUUUAUAAUAAUCUAGUCAUCAAAUCAAGAGUUAAGGUUUUUUUUUCAUAAUAAAGAUUAAUUUAAUUUUUCUUAUUUCUCCAUAACUGAGUUGCACUUAGAUUUUUUAAAUGAAGAGAUGAAAUUAGUUUAUUAAAUAGGAGAGAUGGUAUUGCUAGAAAAAUUACAUUCAGAAUUAUUUUGUUACCCUAAAGGUCUUAAAUUUUAGAAAUUUUAAUAAUAAAAAUAACAUUUUGUUAUUAAUAUGAAUUGUCCUGUUCAUCCAUAAGAAGUUUUAUCUUAUGUAUGUAUAGCUCCACAUAAAUGCUAAAGAAAACUUUGCGCUGUAUGUUAAUUUACACACGAAGUAGAAAAGAAGUAAAUUCUUCCAAAUAAAUUAUUUCUUAUUUCACUUUAAAAGAAAGCAUAAGAAUUUCAAUCUUAUUCAAAUCUCUAAAAUUUUUAAAACUAGUUUAAAGCUUUGUUUAAUUAAACAUAAGCUGAUUUAAAAUAAUUGUGGGAUGAAUUAAGCGAGGCUAUCAAAAAAAUAUAUGACUUGAUUGACAAAGAAGAUUAGUAAUACAAAAAUUUAAUAAACCUUUUCAUUUCGCCUUAAAAUUUAUCCUAUUCAUAACUUGAUGAGAUGGUAAAGAUUUUGCAAAGUAACAAAUUAAAUAACUGGAAUUCAUUCAAAGAAAUUUGUUUUAAUUAAUUAGACUAAAGUAGUUCAUGGUUCAAAACUUAAGUUGAAAAUUUUAUUGCAUUAAUUAAGAAAUAAUUUUAAGGAAUUUUAUGGGAAGUUAAAAUAAUAGAAUAUGAAGGAUUGUAAAAAUAAGGGGUUUUAUUGAAGAAAACUAAAUUUCAGAUCGAAUAUACUAAAUAAAGAGAAUUCUAUUAUAUAUAGAAUGGUGAAAUUCUUUACAGGUAAUAAUAUAAUAUAUUAAAAGAUUUAAACAUUAUGAUUUGCAAUCAAGACCACAUAUAAUUACUAAUCUGGAAGAAAUAAAGCAUCUAGAAUGGAUUGGGAAAUUUGGAAAAGAUUAUAAGAAAGUUGGAAGCUGGAUAGCAGCAUGGAAUAGUGAAAUCAUCAGUUGUGGUGGUCAGUACGAUUAGUAAGAUGGUAAAAAAUUUGGAAAAUGGAACGAAAUUAUUAAAAAUUAUUAUGAGUAAGGCAAUUAAAUUAUAUUUUCAUUAUUAGUAAUGCUAAAGUAUUUGAAGUUGGAGAAUAUAUAAAAGGGUAAAGGGAAGGAACUUGGUAGUAUAAAUAUUAAGAUAAAGAAAUGUAGUAUUAUUAGUAUAAAUUAUUCAAGUGGAGGAGGAAUCUAUAAUUAAAUGGAGCUAAAACAAGGUGCUUGGGUAGAGUUGGAUGAAAUGUUUUCUGAUUUUAAAUAAGUUACUUUUAAUGGUGAAUAUAAUAUGAAUGGUAUCAAGAUAGGUAGAUGGGAUAUUAGUUUUGAUAAUCGAGAUGGAAAGGGAUUUAAAUAAAUGUAAAUAUUAUUUAGCAUAUUUAAUGUAAUUUAUUGUUUAGUGGUGGGGGAUCAUAUGGUGAGGGAGAAAAUAAGAUUGGGAGAUGGGUAGAGUUGUGGGAGGGUUUUAAUGAUAAGGCUUAAGUAUAUUUUAAUGGUGAAUAUAAUAUCAAAGGUAUGAAAGUAGGGAGAUGGGAUAUUAAUUAUUACCAUUUAAAUGAAGAUAAAUAAAUGUAAUAUUAUAUUAGUCUAUUUUAUGCAAAUAAUCUGUUAGUGGUGGAGGAUCAUAUGGUGAUGGAUAGAUUAAAAUUGGGAAAUGGAUAGAGUUAUGGGAGGGUUUUAACGAUAAGGCUGGAGUACUUUAUCAUGGAGAGUAUAAUUUGAAAGGUUAAAAGGUAGGUAGAUGGGAUAUUAAUUAUUGCCAUUUAAAUAAAGAGGAAAAAUUUACAUAAAUGUAACAUCAUAUUAAUGUAUUUAUGUUAGAGGUGGGGGAUUAUAUGGUGAUGGAUAGAUUAAAAUUGGAAGAUGGGUUGAGUUAUGGGAAGGUUUAAACGAUAAGGCUUAAGUAUAUUAUAACGGUGAAUAUAAUAUCAAAGGUAUGAAAGUAGGUAGAUGGGAUAUCAAUUAUUACCAUUUAAAUGGAAAAUAUAAAUAAAUGUAAGAAUUAUAGAUUAUUCUAUAAAACUAUGUAAGUGGGGGUGGAAAUUAUGGUUAGGAGGAGGGCUAGAUUAAGAUUGGGAAGUGGGUGGAGGUGGAUGAAUAGUUUUAAGAGGAUAAAUAAGUCACAUAUGAAGGGGAAUUUAAUUUUAAAGGUAUGAAAGUCGGUAGAUGGGAUACAAUUUACAAAGGAAAUGUAAUGUAAAUAUUUAGUGAGUAUAGGUGAAUAAUUAUAUUUUAGUGGCGGUGGAUCAUAUUUUGAAGGAGAGGGUUAGAUUAAGAUUGGUAAAUGGGUGGACUUGUGGAUGAAUUUCGGAAAGUAUAAAGAAGUCACUUAUAAUGGUGAAUAUGAUUAGAAAGGAGUAAAGGUUGGUAGAUGGGAUAUUUGUUAGAAUAGGGAUGAUGGAAUGGGAUAUAAUAAAAUGUAAAUAUUAUAAAAAUUAGUUAUAUGAUUAUGGGUUAGUGGUGGUGGAUCAUUUUAUGAGGGAGAGAAAUUGAUUAAGAUUGGAAGGUGGAUUGAAUUAUGGGAAGGUUUUUGGAGUUGUGCUUAAGUCUUUUAUCGUGGUGAAUAUAAUAUCAAAGGUAUGAAGGUAGGUAGAUGGGAUAUAAUAUAUGAAGGAGAUGUAAUGUAAAUAUAUAGUGAGUAUAGGUGAAUAAAUUUUAGUGGUGGUGGAUGUUAUAGUGAGGGAGACAUUUAGAUUAAGAUUGGUAAGUGGGUAGAGUUGGAUGAAGAGUUUGAUAAACACUUUUAGGUUUCCUACAAUGGAGAAUAUAAUUUGGAAGGAAUGAAGAUUGGUACAUGGGAGAAAAUAGAUUUGAGUUUUUAGGGUUGGGAGGCUGAAGAAAUACAAUAUAAUACUUGAAAAGUUAUAUAAAUAUGUAUAAAA